GCAAUGCAAUGCAAUACCCGUGGAAUUGAGGGUGGGGUUGGAGAGAGAGCAGGCAGGGAAGCUGCGAGUCAGGUGGGGGGGGGGUUGCAGCUGAUUCAUCCUUGUUGCAUAGAAGAGACAGGGGUUUCUCCCUGAAGGCGCUCGCUCGCUCUCUCAUUCACUCACACACGUGUGUCUGCAUGCACACACAGAUCACGUGAGGAGCCCUGUAGUUUCAUUAGGCCAACGGCCCAUCUAGUCCAGCAUCCAGUGUUUGAAUCAUAGAAUCGUAGAGUUGGAAAAGGGACCCUGAGAGUUAUCUAGUCCAACCCGCCCUCUUCAAGGCAGGAAUCUCAGCACUGUGUCCUUUCGGUGGCCAAGCCUGCAAAGAAGAAUUGGAGCCCAAGAGCAUCUCUCCCUUCAGACUGCAGACCCAGUUUCCUCCUCUGCUUCUUUGAAGGCAUCUUUCAGUUUGCCAGAGGGGGCACCUUUGCAAGAUCCUAAUCUCCACCUCACCCUGCCCCAAAGUCACACGCUCCUACCCUCCAGAAAGAAGGCGGUGGUGGAGGUUCUGUGCUGGAGGCCGAACUGUUGUGAAGCUCAAGGAUGGAGGAGCAAGACUCAUCUGGGCCCGAGGAGGGAGAAGGUCCCCACAUCGUCCAGAUUGGGAGCAGUGGGGCCAUCUGGGGGGACUUGCCGCAGAAGUGCUUCAGGGAGUUGUGCUACCAGGAAGCCGAGGGUCCAAGAGAGAUCUGUGGCCAGCUCCGCUCACUGUGCUAUCAGUGGCUGAAGCCGGAAAGGAACACAAAAGCCCAGAUGCUGGACCUGGUGGUCCUGGAGCAGUUCCUGGCUGUCCUCCCCCCAGAGAUGGAGAGCUGGGUGAGGGAGUGUGGAGCGGAGACCAGUUCCCAGGCGGUGGCCCUGGCCGAAGGCUUCCUCCUGAGCCAGACAGAGGACAGAAAGCAGGAAGACAUGCAGCUGCGGGGCUUGCUAGCCAAAGGGGCCACAGAUUUCCCAGGGGCCAAGGAGCAUCCGCCGGAGGCUACGCGGAGGCUGCUCUUCAGGUGGAUCAAGCAGGAGGGGGAUGGAGGGCCCCCCUCCCUGGAAAGCGCAACCGUUCUCAGAGAUGGAGAGACGGUGCUGGGGGUUCCUCGUCUGACGCCUUCUCUUUGCAGCCAGCCGGAAGUGGCUCCUGUGUUACCAGGACAGGGUCCGGCACCCUUUGAGAAGAUGCCUGUUCAUUUCAUGGAGGAGAAGAGGACUCUUCCAGAACCAGGCCAGGCGUCUCUGCACAGGGGAUCUGCGGAGGAGAACACUGGGGAUCUGGUCUUUCUGGGUAACGGGCAAGAGGGCGAAGGGCAGAGAAGGGCAGCUGAGGAGACACAGAAGUGGGGGGCCAAAGCCUUUGUGUUCGAGGGGGGCGAGGCGGAUGAGAUUCCGAUUGAGGAGGAACGUCCUGCAGGGAAGCGCCGGUACGUCCACGGCAGAGAGAAGCCCGUGAAAUGCUCCGAGUGCGGGAAGAGCUUCAACCACCAGGUUCACCUCCUCAAACAUCAGAGGACCCACAUGGUGGAGGAAACCUACCGGUGUGCCGAGUGCGGGAAGCAGUUCAGCCACAGCUCCUACCUCAGCUCCCACCAGAAGAUCCACAUGGGGGAGAAACCCUACAAGUGCCUGCAGUGUGGGAAGACCUUUAGCCACGGCAGGAGCCUCAACUCACAUCAGAUAAUCCACACGGGCCAGAAGCCCUACAAGUGCUCGGUGUGCCCCAAGAGCUUCAGCCACAGCAGGAGCCUCAAGGUGCACCUGAGGAUCCACACUGGGGAGAAGCCCUUCGGCUGCUCCGAGUGCGGGAGGAGCUUCAGCCAGUGCUCCAACCUUAUCAAACAUCAGAGAAUCCACACGGGAGAGAAGCCGUACAAGUGCUCCCAGUGCGGGGUGUGCUUCAAUCAGAGCAUCCAGCUGAAGAGGCACCAAAUCGUCCACACGGGUCAGGAUCCUGUCUAUCAGAGCAUCCAGCUUAAACGGCACCAGAUCAUCAACACGGGGUAGGAUCCUGUGAGUCCUGAGCCCAACCCCUUCGUUUUGGGAGAAAAGCACAUGGCUUCCUAUAAUUGAUGUUGUUGAACCUGCCAGAGAACUACAGAUGAACUAAUUAAAUAAAGUUUAGAUUUGGAAGUGACCCCAGAAAUCUAAUAAUAAUAAUAAUAAUAAUAAUAAUAAUAAUAAUAAUAAUAAUAAAAAAUUUUAUUUAUACCCCACCCUCCCUAGCCAGAGCUGGGCUCAUUGCGGCUAACACCAAUAAAAUCACAGUAAAAACAUAAUUGGGGAAGGAAAGGGAAAAAAACCAAUUUAAAAUACAGGUUAAAAUGCAAUUUAAAAUGCAGCCUCAUUUUAAAAGUAGCCAAUAGAUCAAGACCAUAAGGGGAGGGAAACAUAAGGGUCAAACUGAGUCCAAACCAAAGGCCAGUUCGAACAGUCUUGCAGGCCCUGCAGAAAGAUUUCAAGUCCUGCAGGGCCCUAGUCUCUUGUGACAGAGCAUUCCACCAAGUCGGGGCCAGUACUGAAAAGGCCCUGGCCCUAGUUGAGACCAAUCUAACCACCUUGCGACCUGGGCCCUACAAAAUGUUGUCAUUUGUGGACCUUAAGGUCCUCUGCAGGGCAUACCAGGAGAGGUGGUCCCAUCCAGCCCCUUGCUAAGGAAUUUGCUACAGAUGGUCACCGAGCCAUUGUCCAAGAGAUGAGAGUCCACCACCUUCCGAGGGGGUCCGUUCCAGUGUCCAAACAGCUUCUUUGACCAACCCUAGACAACACAUCUUAGACACUGCAGCUAUUCCCACAUUAACUAAAUUGCUGAAUUAAAGGAAUAAAUACCAGAGUUUCCAUGAAAGGACCAACUGCGGUGAUGCACAGAACGUGUGUGUCCCAUGGUGGAGCUGAGUGUCGGCAACAAAAAUUUCUAUCGGAGCCGGGAUCUUGGAUUUAAUAAAAGGACCAUAGAAUUAGAGAGCUGGAAGGGACACCCAGGGUCAUCUAGUCCACCCCCUGCAAUGCAGGAAUUUCGAGUAAAGAACCUGUGACAGGUGGGCCUUCCAACCUAUGUUCAGAAACCCCCAGCGAAGGAGAGUCCGCCACCUCCAUAAUAAUAAUAAUAGGUCGCCCAUAAUGAAUAGACUUCCAGCGAGUUCGAAUCCUGCUACACCUAGGAGAGGCGUAGAUGCCUGGUGAAGGUGGGUUUUGCAGGACAGCGAGGGUCCAUAUUAGGACGCGAUACUAUAUACAGUGCCUGGCUUGAAAGUCUGUAUCAAGAGCAUUUCCUUUUAACUAAAACAAAGAAACAAAAUGGCACCUCUCUGCAUUGUCAGUUUUGUGCAAUAAUGCUGAAUUAAACCAUGUGAUGCCAUCUUUCUCAAAAAUCGCUCCUCAGCCCAUCUUGGGCCUCUGACUGCAUGCAGACACAGGAAGCGGAAGUGGGCUGAGUAAUUCAUCUAGUAUGGUCUACACUGGCUGGGGAUGCUUUCGGGUACAGUGGGGCAGGGGAUGGGCCUAUUAAUGACUGCAUAUAAUUAAGGUGCAAACGGUUGCAGGGGUAGGGGGCUGAAUUAUGAAUUCUUUUCCAAUUCAUUUAUCGUCAGGCAUUCCAAAGCGACUCACAAUGCAACAAACUUUGUCUGGGAGAGUCGCAUGUGUAAGAUCCACUGAAACAUUUGCAUAUGUAAAAAAUAAAGAAGAGUUUGGAUUUGAUAUCCCGCUUUAUCACUACCCGAAGGAGUCUCAAAGCGGCUAACAUUCUCCUUUCCCUUCCUCCCCCACAACAAACACUCUGUGACGUGAGUGGGGCUGAGAGACUUCAAAGAAGUGUGACUAGCCCAAGGUCACCCAGCAGCUGCAUGUGGAGGAGCGGGGAAGCGAACCCGGUUCACCAGAUUACGAGACUACCGCUCUUAACCACUACACCACACUGACCCCUGGGCAGUUAAGUCCAGACAAAGGCGACUAUGGGGUUGCUUUCAGGCUGAGGGAGUCGGCGUUUGUCCACAGACAGCUAUCUGGGUCAUGUGGCAGAAGCCAGAGCGCACGGAAACUCCGUGUACCUUCUCGCCACAGCAGUACCUGUUUAUCUACUUGCACUGGUGUGCUUUAGAACUGCUAGGUUGGCAGGAGCUGGGCCUUUGGGGGUGAAGUUCAACUGUGGGCAGCUUGCAGCACCUGCUGUCGCUUCAUCAUGUCAUGGGCAAAUGCUCAAUGCCAGCAGAGGGAGUAGCAGCUCCAUUUAAACUCUGCUUUCGGCCUUCUAUACUGCCAGCUCUUUCUACAGAUUUCUGAAAGCUGGGCCAAUUACUUGGGCACAGAGAUCCCUCUCUCCACAGGGAAAUGACUCUCCUGAAACCACUGGCAAUGCCCACAUUUCCCUGUGCCACCUUCCCUCCGUAUAUUGUUUGUUCCCCUCAGCACCUCCUUUAUUGCAGCUGCCACCAGGGAUUUGAUCUACUUUGCUGUUAAUGUAGCCUGAAUGAGAAGGAAAGGUAAAACAAUGAAUUUAUAACAGGGAGAUGGACUAGAAUAAGAUGACCCUUGGAGUCCCUUUCAACUCCACUUUUCUAGGAUUCCAGAGCCAAUCCUGCUUCCUAAACACCACUGUUGUGCUCCAUGCGACGCCGCAACGGCACUUUUCACCCUGGCAUUGUGGGGCCGGCCUCACUUAAAUAGAGUGCGACCACCUCAUAGUAUAGCAGUUACACAAAUUUCUACAAAUUACCCCAGAUUAUCUAGUGGGGGACUUGUGUGAGGGAAAACUUAAUGAUUUGGAGUCUCAGUUAGCAUUUGCUCAAACAAACAACAAAGGAAGUUUAUGACACAAAGUGGGUAAAACAGGUUACUUCAGGUUAUGAUGUUAUUUCAGGUAACCGUUCACCUACUAAUAUUUAUACUAAAUCUAACUGAUGUUAUGGACUUCUAAUCAAGCACAGCUUCUUAUAAACUUCAGUUGCUUAUGUUCGGUUACUUCACUUCAGGUAGCUGUCACAGGUUUUUAGACUGAAUGGUAAAUGCUCAGCUUAUUUCCAGUUAUUUCACUUCAGUUCUUUCUCAGUUGUUGCACAGCUGUUGCCGCUUAGUACUUUGGUUCUUUUUUUUAAGCACAACUAUCCAGCUUUAUUGAAUUAAAAUACAAAUAUAUAUAUACAUAGAAGUAAGAAAAAGGGUGAGGGCGAACAAAGGAAAAGAAAAGAAAGUUUGCAUUGUUAUACAACCAGAUAUUAAAUUUUGAAUAAAAAGACUUCCAAUUCUU